UUAAUUCUAUAACAAAAUUAUUUUUGACAGUCGGGAGCAAUCCGCAUUUAUUAGUCCAGUGCUUUUUUCCUUUAUACUGAAAUCGUAAUUCCUGCUAAAUCAACAUCAGCCUUGAUAAUGCAGUCAUGUGAUGUACUGUAUUUGCUCGUUUCAAGUGUUAUUCUUUUCAACGUACAGAAGACAUGGUCACUGAUGUUGGACUACAACUGGUUGGAACCUAAGGAGGGUUUGAAACGAUAUCCUCAUGACAAAUCAUGCCGCCAUUUCUAUGAAAUAGAAUCAGAUGGCAGAAUUUCUGUAAAGAAAUGCCCUAGGAUGCAGAGGUUUGAUUAUAUAUCUCUAUCAUGUGUAAGGAAGACUCUUGUUCGUUGCUGGACGAGCGAGUUUGACAAAGGUUAUGUUCCAAUAGAAAGGAAGAUGUAUUUUAGAUGUCCUAUAUCUUGGGGAGCAUUGCCUAAUCCAGAUGACUGUGAGAAAUAUUAUUCGUGUGUCAACUAUAAACCUCAACACAAGAUGUGUCCCAGCUCUCAAAUGUUUGAUCGAAUUGAAAUGAAAUGUCUCGACCACAAAGUUGCCGUUUGUGCUCAUAAUACAGGUGUUGUUGACGAAAGCUACAAAUGCCCUCUGACUUGGGGAUUAUUCAUUCAUCCUCAAGACUGCUCUAAAUACUACCAGUGUAUUCGAGACAAGCCUCUUCUUAGAGCAUGUGAUAGAGGGAAACUGUUUAAUUCACAUAAAGGAAUAUGUGAAAGAAAGGAAGUCGUUGAGUGUGGAUCCACAAGCAAGCCUUACGAGAAAUAAACAGACAGUUGUUUUCGACAGCCACUACAGCAAGUCCAACAGAUGAUUUCCACUCAGCAUUUACUGGCAUUUCAUCACCCAUUACUACAAGUCCAACUGUAGAACUAACUUCAAUCAUCAUGCCUUGAAAGACGAAUGCUUUAUUUUUAUCUGCAUUUAAUAUUGCACACGCAGUAGUGCAAGUGACAUUAGUUUGAAUAUUCAUUCAAAGUGAAAAUAAGUACGUAAUUUACACACACACACACACACACACAGAAAAAAAAAAAAAAAAAAAAAAAAAAAGAACAGAGAAGCGCAAUAAGUUAAGCAUUUUUGAUCAUAAAAUAAAAUGCUAUGAGACUGAAACUGGAUCUUAGUAAAACUAGAGAAUUUAUUUUGUUGGUGAACGGAACAUUUUUACAGAUGAAAAAAAUAUGAAAUUUUACACAAAAAUAUAAUGAAAUCAUACACAAGCGUCGUAAAAGUUUACGCACUUUCAUAAAGAAAUAUUAGAUGCAGUAUUUUACUUUAUUUUUUGGUUAACAAUGAAUAAAAUUCGGAAUUAAAUUU